AUGGUUUCUUCUUGUUUAAUAAAAAAAUUGGCUUCUUAUCACUCAAUUAAGAAGUUUUUUCAAUCCAGACUUCCCAUUAAAAACAAGUGUUAUCGAACAGUUGUUUUCAUUCUAACGUGCGUUUCAACCACAAUUCUUUUUAUAGGAUGGUCCCCGUUAACAACAAUACUUGUACGAGAUAAGAUAUACUUCAAUCUUUGUACUUUGCACGAGGUCAUUGUAGAUCCAGACAAAGGAUGCAUUGCUCAAGAGGAAAAAUUCAAUCGACUUUAUUAUGUUGGCUUAGCUGCAGAAUCUAUUAUUGGCGCUGUUGCUGGAGUUUUUUUUGAUUAUCUUGGUCCACUACUAACAGGAUGUAUGGGGACGGUCAUGUUUUCGUUAGGAUGGAUUUUUUUUUCUUUUACAAGUAACUCUUUAGAUUUACUGUAUCCAGGUAUUAUUUUACUCGCUGGAGCAGCCAAUAUGAUAGGGUUUCCUACUUUAAUACUUGCUGACAUGUACUGUAACCAUAGUGGAUGGAUAACGUCAAUUGUUGUUGCUGCGGAAUCAGCAUCUUCUAUAGUACCCACAAUACUUCUUGCAAUUAUGAAUGCUUACCCGCAUCUCAAUCGUCGAACGUUGUUCCUUUCUUAUUUUGUAUUAAUAGUUUUACCUUGUUUUUUGUGUUUCUUGAUCUCUUUACCCUUCCAAAGAGAAAUUGUUUCUCAUUACCAUGCCGACCAAGAGUUAACUGAAGAGAAUAAAACGAGAGAUGACCAUAGAGUUUCUUCUGAAGACAAUGGUAUAGAUAAAGUCAAUAAUAUUUCUUUUGAUAUUGGAAUAUCCUCAACAAAAGUUCAGCCACCUAUUCUCAUCAUGCAGAUAAUUUCGCCUGAAUAUAUUUUCUUCUUAAUAUUUUAUGUUUUACAGCAAUUACAAUAUGCUUUUUUUCCGAAUUUCGUUAAAGAUGAAAUUGGAUCUGCACCAGCACAUUUUUUAGCAUCCAUUCUUCCUUUUCAAGGUAUCAUAGGACCAAUUAUUGGAGCCGUUGCACAAAAAACAAAAUCGUUACCAAUCGCGUGCAUACUUGCAUUGUCCAUGUCAUUAGUUUAUACAAUAACUUUACUAUGGCAUAAGGCAUCAAUUUAUGCUCUUAUAAUUGUAUACGUUGUAGCGAAUUCUUACAUUUACACAAUUAGAUAUACCUACGUAGCAGAAACGUUUCCUGUAAACCAAUUUGGAAUUUUAGUCGGGAUAUCAGGUGGUAUCUCCGGUCUUGUCACUCUUAUUGUUGGCUUUUUACCAAAACCAACACGGGAUCUUACUUUCAUUAAAUACACAUUAUCGAAUCGACCGGACGAGAAUUUGUCUGGAUUAGUGUUUGUUACAAAGCAGAUACUCCCGUCAACCAAUACCUGUUAUUAUUGUUGA